AGCAUGUGCGAGCAUGGUGCCAGGUCUGAAGGUCCUUCUGUUCCUCACCCUGCAUCUCUUGCAGGAUGUGAAAAGCUCCAAGGUCCAUCUCAACAACAAUGGAUACGAGGGUGUGGUCAUUGCAAUUAACCCCAGUGUACCAGAGGAUGAAAGACUCAUCCCAAGCUUAAAGGAAAUGGUAACUCAAGCCUCCACUUACCUGUUUGAAGCCACCGGGAGAAGAUUUUACUUCAGGAACGUGAGCAUUCUAGUUCCCAUAACCUGGAAGUCAAAAACUGAGUACUUAACACCGAAACAAGAAUCAUAUGACCAAGCAGACGUCAUAGUUGCCGAUCCUCAUCUGAAAUAUGGAGACGAUCCCUACACCCUUCAAUAUGGGCAGUGUGGGGACAGAGGACGGUACAUACAUUUCACUCCAAACUUCCUGCUCAUUGAUAACUUGAGUAUCUAUGGACCCCGAGGCAGAGUCUUUGUCCAUGAGUGGGCCCAUCUCCGGUGGGGAGUAUUUGAUGAGUACAACAAAGAACGUCCCUUCUACCUAUCGAGAAAGAAUGUUGUCGAAGCAACAAGGUGUUCCACCGACAUCACUGGCACCAAUGUGGUCCAUGAGUGUCAGGGAGGCAGUUGCGUGACAAGGAAAUGCCGGCGAGAUUCAAAGACAGGACUACCGGAACCCAAGUGUACAUUUAUCCCAAACAAAUCCCAGACAGCCAGGGCCUCCAUAAUGUUCCUGCAAAGUCUCGAUUCUGUGGUUGAAUUUUGCACAGAAAAAACCCAUAAUACGGAAGCCCCAAACCUACAAAACAAAAUAUGCAAUGGCAGAAGCACGUGGGACGUAAUCAAGGAGUCCGCUGACUUUCAGCAUGCCCCUCCCAUGAGAGGAACAGAAGCCCCUCCUCCACCCACGUUUUCCUUGCUCAAGUCCAGACAGCGAGUGGUCUGCUUGGUGCUCGAUAAAUCCGGAAGCAUGAGCUCAGGAGACCCCAUCACUCGUCUCACCCUAAUGAACCAAGCAGCAGAGCUGUACUUAAUUCAAAUCCUUGAGAAGGAAUCCUUGGUCGGCCUGGUCACGUUUGAUAGCAUUGCUAUAGUCCAAAAUAACCUCAUAAGAAUGACCAACGACAGCUCCUACCUAGAGAUCAGUGCAAAGCUUCCCCAAGAAGCUGCUGGCGGAACUUCAAUUUGCAACGGACUCAGAAAAGGAUUCGAGGCAAUUACCUCCAGUAAGCAGAGUACUUCCGGUUCUGAGAUUGUAUUGCUAACAGAUGGGGAAGAUGAUCAAAUAAGUUCAUGCUUUGAGGAGGUCAAACACAGCGGUGCCGUCAUUCACACCAUCGCCCUGGGGCCUGACGCUGCCCGAGAACUGGAGACUCUGUCGAACAUGACAGGAGGGCGUCGCUUUUAUGCCAGUGAAGGCAUCAACGGCCUGAUCGACGCUUUCAGUGGGAUUUCAUCCAAAAGUGGCAGCCUGUCCCAGCAGGCUCUGCAGUUGGAAAGCAAAGCCCUGGAGAUUAAGGAGAAGGAAUGGCUAAGUGGCACAGUUCCUGUGGACAGUACCGUCGGCAACGACACGUUCUUUGUUGUCACCUGGACAGUACAAAAGCCAGAAAUUAUCCUUCAAGAUCCGAAAGGGAAAAACUACAGGACCUCGGAUUUCCAGGAAGAUAAGCUAAAUAUCUUCUCUGUUCGCCUUCAGAUCCCAGGCAUCGCCGAGACAGGAACUUGGACUUACAGCCUCUUCAAUAAGGGGGUCAAACCUCAGUUGCUAACUGUGACAGUGACCACUCGAGCCAGAAGUUCCACCACACAGCCCCUCAUGGCCACCACUCACAUGAGUCAGAGCGCAGCCCAGUACCCUAGCCCGAUGAUUGUGUAUGCACGGGUCAGCCAAGGGUUUUUGCCUGUUCUGGGAGCCAAUGUCACAGCCGUCAUAGAAUCUGAAACUGGACAUCAAGUCACCCUGGAGCUCUGGGACAACGGGGCAGGUGCGGAUACACUCAGAAAUGAUGGCAUCUACUCAAGAUAUUUCACGGAGUUUCAUGGAAACGGCAGAUACAGCUUAAAAGUCAGUGCCCAGGCAAGAAAAAACAUCACGAAACUAAAUCUGAAACAAAAGAAUAAGGCUCUCUAUAUACCUGGCUACGUUGAAAAUGAUCAAAUUAUACUGAACCCACCCAGACCGGAAGUCCCAGAAGAAGCUACAGAAGCUGCAGUGGAAGACUUCAGCAGACUAACCUCUGGAGAGUCGUUUACUGUGUCCGGAGCGCCCCCUGAUGGCGUCCACGCUCAUGUGUUCCCACCCAGUAAAGUCACAGACCUGGAGGCUGAGUUUAAAGGUGAUCAUAUUCACCUUACGUGGACGGCCCCUGGCAAGGUUCUCGAUAAAGGAAGAGCGCAUAGAUACGUCAUCAGAAUGAGCAGGCAUCCUCCUGGUCUCCAAGAUUUUAACGACGCUACUUUAGUGAAUACUUCCGGUCUGAUACCUAAAGAGGCCGGCUCAGAAGAAACAUUUAAAUUCAAACCAGCAAGUUUUAAAAUAGAAAACGGCACCCAGAUCUACAUUGCAAUUCAGGCCGAAAAUGAAGCCGGUCUCACCUCUGAGGUCUCCAACAUCGCACAGGCUGUCAAGUUUAUUCCUCCACAGGAACCCAGCAACCCUAAUCUGGGUAACAAAAUGCCUGUACCCAGUUUGACAAUUUUGGUAUUUGUUGCAACUUUAUUCAUAUUUUAAGCUAGAAACUUGCAGUAGAGCUAAAAUUCCAUCUUUGAAUUGAAAUUUACUCUCCUCAUUGUCUAUAACUCUUUGUAACAUAAAAGGGAAUGUUCAAUACUGUCAAUUUCCUAUCUAAGUCUAUUAAAAUUAUAAGUUGCUAUAUGUC